AUGUGCUCGGCCAUACUCUUCUCUGGCAGCAGCAUUACCAAGUCGCUGCGGAUGUUUGACAUCAUGGGCAUUGCCCGGAUACACAGGAGUCAGUACUUUGAGUACCAGAGGUGUUACCUAUUUCCUGCUAUUGAAGAUGUCUGGGAAAAAGAACAGAAUGCUGUGAUGGCAAAGCUGGCAGACAAGCCUCUUCAUCUUGCUGGCAAUGCCCGUUGCGACUCCCUUGGCCAUACUGCUCUUCAUGGGACGUACACAGUUAUGGACACCAACAUCAACAGGAUCAUCCACUUUGAAGUAGUGAAGGCAACGACAGUGUCAUCCAGUUACUGUAUGAAGCAGAAAGGACUAGAGUUGUGUCUUGACCAUGUGAAAGCAAAGGGAAUGAAAGUGGAAACACUUGUGACCGACAGGCACUCUCAAGUAAAAUCCUUUCUGAAGACGAAACAUCCAGACAUCAACCACCGUUUCGAUGUGUGGCAUGUGGCAAAGGGCAUAAAGAAGAAGAUUGCGGCUGUGUCACAGUCUAAAAAGCAUCAGGUCCUGCGACUGUGGUGUGAAAGCAUCAUCCGCCAUCUGUAUUGGUGCGCACGAACCAGCGACAGUGGAGAAGUCCUGCUUGCGAAAUGGGUGACAAUUAUGCGACAUAUCAUCAAUGUCCACAGUCACCCAGAUUCCCUGCACCCAUUCUGUUUCCACAACGACCUUGGUGAGAGGGAAUGGCUUCAUGAAGGUACUGAGACGUACAAGAAACUUCAUGAUAUCCUGCUUGCAAAGGGCCUUCUCAAGGACAUUCCCCAGCUGUCAUCUGCACAGCAAACUUUCUGCUUGGAGACCUUCCAUGCCGUGCUCAUCCACUUUGCCCCAAAAGCAUACAGCUUCUCGGACAAAGGAAUGAUUGCUAGGACGGCUCUGGCUGCACUGCAUUACAAUGCAAAUGUAGAUCGUGUUGCACGCUCGGAGAACAGUGCUGUAAAACAUCGUCUGAAAGCCUCCAAGGUCCGAAAGACAUGGAUUGCGGUUCCUGUUAAAGAAGAUGCCUCAUACGCCUACACGGAGGCUCUGAAGACAGCGGUCUACGAGCGCAUUUCUCUCUACCCAUCUUUCAAGAAGGCCAGGGAGGCUUUAGUAGAGGUGUCACUGCCAACUAGGAGCAGCUCUUAUGGGGACAGGCCAGAACUGACUGAAGUCCUGGAGGCGCAAUAUCGGAGGUUUUAGACUGGUGGCAACAACAGAGACCUCUCAGAUGUCCUCUGUUGAUGUGCAUCCUUCAAAGAAUGACUGCAAAGUAUCCCAGCUAGAGCGUUACAUUCGGUAAUGCGGAUGCUCUAAGGAGUCAAUACCACCCAUUUGUUGAAACCUCAGGCGAAACCACAUGAAGUGCUUUUUUUGGGUAAUGUUGCUGCUAAAAGGAAAAAAAGAGUAUAACAUGAACACUGAACAUCACGUUUUAUAUGACAUAAAAUGUCAUGGAAGAACUGGAGAGAAACCAAGAAAAUAGGUGGACGUGAGUGAAAAACGAAUUAAAAGUAACAUGGAACUUAGCUCAAGUUA